UGGUUGGAGAGAAUAAAAGUCGUAAAUUUAUUAUUUGUGAAUAAUUUAUGUGGCAAAGUGCAAAAAUGUCCUUUUAGCUAAUAUAAAAAAAAGGACAUUCUGAAAAGUGCGAGGAGAGUGUGAUUUUUUUUUGAGAUUAGAUCGAAACCAUUUUCUUUGAGUGAUUUAGUGAGUGUAGAGUAUGAUUAUUAUUUUAUAAAUAGAAACGAAAAUCAGUCAGGCGAUAAGACAUAUAGCAGACUGCUUAAAAGGGAUUACUACAUACUUUGAUUGAUAGAGGAACGGAAAUUCUCAAAAGGAUACUGUAUCCAGUUGAAGAAGUGAUUUACACACCCUAAGGAAAGCAAACGGUACUAAUACACAUAAAAUCCAAUGCCAGCCCGAAAGGGGCUGUUGGCGCCCCAAAAUACAUUUUUGGAUACAAUUGCAACACGUUUCGAUGGAACUCAUUCAAAUUUUGUGCUGGGAAAUGCUCAAGCAAAUGCCAAUCCAAUUGUUUAUUGUUCGGAUGGCUUCGUGGAGCUAACAGGAUAUUCUCGGGCCCAAAUAAUGCAAAAAGGAUGUUCAUGCCAUUUUCUAUACGGGCCCGAAACGAAGGAGGAACAUAAAUUACAAAUUGAGAAAAGUCUGAGCAAUAAACUGGAACUUAAGUUGGAAGUUAUUUUUUAUAAAAAAGAUGGAUCACCAUUUUGGUGUCUUUUUGAUAUUGUGCCAAUCAAAAAUGAAAAACGUGAUGUUGUUCUUUUUCUGGCAUCACACAAGGACAUCACUCAUACAAAAAUGCUGGAAAUGAAUUCAACGGAUGAAUGUGAUAGCGUGUUUGCUCUUACAGCCGCCUUAUUAGGAGCCCGUUUUCGUUCAGCUUCUGAUGCAUCAAUGCUUGGCGAAACAAAUGGUGCAAAUAGUUUGCAAGUACCCGAUGGUUGUAAUAUGGGUCGUAGACGAUCUAGAGCUGUUCUCUAUCAAUUAUCUGGACAUUAUAAACCAGAAAAAGUGAAAACAAAAUUAAAACUUGGCAAUAAUCUCCUGCAUUCUACUGAAGCACCAUUUCCUGAAUACAAAACGCAAUCGUUGAAAAAGUCCAAAUUUAUUUUGCCGCAUUAUGGAGUGUUUAAGGGAUUUUGGGAUUGGAUAAUUCUUGUGGCUACGUUCUAUGUAGCCAUUUUGGUGCCAUUUAAUGCCGCGUUUGCUAAAGCUGAUCGACAGACAAUGGUAUCGGAUGUUAUUGUUGAGGCUCUUUUUAUUGUGGAUAUUUUACUUAAUUUUCGAACAACUUUUGUAUCAAGCAAAGGAGAAGUUGUAUCGGACUCAAAGCUCAUUGCAAUCAAUUAUUUACGUGGAUGGUUUGUGGUUGACUUAUUAGCAGCAUUACCAUUUGACCAUUUGUAUGCAUCGGAUUUGUAUAAUGGAGAGGAAUCACACAUUCAUCUUGUUAAACUAACAAGACUCCUGCGACUUGCUCGUCUUUUACAAAAAUUAGACAGAUACUCACAAUACACGGCAUUGGUAUUGACACUCUUGAUGUUGUGCUUCUCGUUGGUGGCUCAUUGGCUUGCGUGCAUCUGGUAUGUCAUCGCUGAAAAGGAGAACAUGAUUAAUGACAAUGGAUGGGAUAUCGGUUGGAUGCACAGUUUAUCAGAACGUUUAAAAGUUCCAAUUUCCAACAUAACAAACUCUGAAGCCUACUCAACAGCUCUCUACUUUACAUUUACAAGUCUCACAUCGGUUGGAUUUGGUAAUGUCUCAGCCAAUACAACUGCCGAAAAAGUAUUUACCAUUUUGAUGAUGUUAAUUGGAGCUCUAAUGCAUGCCGUUGUCUUUGGUAAUGUGACCGCAAUUAUACAAAGGAUGUACUCUAGACGUUCGCUAUACGAGAGCAAAUGGAGAGAUCUAAAGGACUUCAUUGCCCUGCAUCAGGUACGUAUGGGCAAUUGCAUUAGAAUUAUGAACUCGCACAACCUUAAACGGGAAUAUACCAACUCGCCUGCACUGAUGCCGAAAGAACUGAAACAACGGAUAGAGGACUAUUUUCAAACAAGCUGGUCCCUCAACCAUGGAAUUGAUAUUUACGAGACACUUCGUGAGUUCCCUGAAGAGCUCCGGGGAGAUGUUUCUAUGCAUCUACAUCGGGAAAUACUUCAGCUGCCAAUUUUCGAGGCAGCAUCGCAGGGCUGUUUGAAACUUCUUUCGUUGCAUAUAAAAACGAAUUUCUGUGCACCUGGUGAAUUUCUUAUCCACCGAGGAGAUGCAUUAAAUUAUAUUUAUUAUUUGUGCAAUGGCUCAAUGGAAGUUAUCAAGGACGAAAUGGUUGUGGCUAUACUUGGUAAGGGCGAUCUUGUUGGAUGUGACAUAAACGUUCAUCUGGUAGCAACAUCAAAUGGACAGAUGACAGCUACGACAAACAGUGCGGGUCAGGACAUUGUGGUACGAAGCAGUAGUGAUGUGAAGGCACUUACCUAUUGUGACUUGAAGUGCGUCCAUAUGGGUGGCCUAGUUGAAGUCCUUCGUUUAUAUCCCGAAUACCAACAGCAAUUUGCAAAUGACAUCCAGCAUGACCUGACUUUUAAUUUACGAGAAGGCUACGAGUGCCAGGACUCCGACAUAGGUCCUUCCUUUCCACUACCAUCAAUCAGCGAGGAUGAUGAAAAUCAGCCAGAUAGUGAUGCUGCUGUCGUCGCAUCACCACAUCAUGGUAGUUCAUCAACACCCUCACCCCUGCCAAUGAGGUCGCCGCUACUUGUUGGAGCUGGCGGAAGUCCGCGAAGUAUGAAAUUUUUACCUCGCGGACGUUCGCUGGCUGGUCUUCGAGAACGUGUCGAACGUCAAAGGUCAGUUACCAUCCAUUCACCUGGAGCUGAAUUUGGUUCGUUAGAAGGUUUGAAUCUCGAACCAAUCCAAAGUGAAACCGAUAAUCCCGCCAACAAGCGAUCAAUUGAAAAACUCGACUGCCAAGUUAGCACUCUGCAUGACGAUGUUGCCCUUCUCAGUCUAGAAGUCCGAAAUGCGAUACAUGCUCUGCAAGAAAUGACCAACUCUCGGAUGGCUUCCAGAGCUGACUUAGCGGUGGGUAAUUUCCUCCCUGCCCGUUCCAUUCCCAACAUCUCUGAUAACAUCCUGAUUCCCCAGAUUGUUGGCGAAGCAUCUCUAGUCCGCAGCUCAUCUCAUCCCGCUGAGAUGUGGCAUUGCGAAGUCGAAGAGGUACAACCGCCAUCCAAUACAAGUGAUUCGCUGCCAAAAAUCACCCGCGCAACACAAACCGACACCGUUAAGAUUGACUUUCAAACUUUUGAAAAGUUUGUCAUUGCCAAUCCACGUCUGGUGCUGGGACUCCUAGGCUUGGAGGCGACAAUAAAGACUGAAAUUGAAAUGAUCCAACAACAGCAAAUGAUGCAAGUUUCCCCAUUGAAUACCAUCGAAGAAGUCAAUUCUCCCGAGGGCGGACCCAGUUCUGAGUAUCUCCUCGAAGAAACUGCUGAGCGUACAAAUCCGCUUUGGAGCUCUGACAAUUAUAGGGACGUUGAGAACUGUCGUUCCACCGAAGCUCUGCUGGAGGAGAGUCUCUCUCAAGAAGAUAUACCGACAAUCAGUCAAGAAAUCGAAGUCACAUCGGUGUCUAUUGUUAAGGAAGGUAAAUCGAAGACGUCUCGAAGGAACUCGGGAAGUAGUAGUAGCAAUAAUUCCAUAUCGUCGGCGUCUUCCAUUCCGGCUGUUGUGGUGCCAUCGACGGCUGGUCAAAAUGGACCGAUUCGAAGACCGUCGUGGAAAGGUUCGAAGAAAGACUACGAAAGGCUUAAUGAGAAUUGUUGUGAUGAUAAUUACGGUAGUGAUGAGAAACUGUCGAAGAAGAAUGGUAGUCGAUCGAAUUCCUCAGACAUGGGGAGUAAAAAGAGGAAUAGCUUGAAUGUGGCCCGAGUUCCGACAAACUAUCGAUUUUCAGCUGGUGAUGCUGAUAAACUUGAAAAGGGUCUGAAAGGUUUGCCAUCGACAAGGUCUCUUAGGGACAGUUGAACUUUUAAAGUAAACAAUUGUAAUGGUUAUGAAAGAUUUUAGGAUUUAGACAUUCCGGGUUUACAAAAAAGAAAAAGAAAAAAAAAAAAAAAACUGAACAUCUUUAUAGCAAAGCUUAGAAAGAUAAUGCUUU